AUGCCAAAAGGGGGCAAGCCCAAAGUCCAACACACACCGCGUCGGUCACGUGGACGCGUUCCCUUUCUUUGCCGCGCAUACAUCCACACUCUCGUCGACGUUGUGGCCGUCAUCCAGCCAGGUUUACAGCAAAGAGGAAAACGCCUAAGUGACGAGAGUGGAAGGCAGUUGACACAAUCUGCGACAGCUGCAUCGCAUUCGUCCACACAGGACUCGGCUUUUCCUGUUCUCGCGCCCCAAGAGCAAUCUCGGACGCAUUCAUUAUCUCCAGUGCGAGAUGGACAUGACAACGGGAGGCGCUCUACGACACUUGUUAACACGUCGGGAGUUGAGCAGCAGGGCUAUAUUACCAACAAUGAUGAGCACAGCUCUGGUAUUGCUGCGAGAGUGAAUCUACCCACACAGACCUCGGUGUUGUCUGAACCUGUAGGCGAGGAACUGUCUCGCACGCAAUCAGUAUCUCCACUACAGGAUGUAUGUGACGAUACGUGGCGUUCUGAAACGCUUGUCGACUCGCCAAGCCAAAAUGAAGGCGAGGACAAGCUUGGCGCUGGCAUCUACGAUCCGAAAACUGCAACGGCAGAGAUACGAGAGCGUCCCGUUUUACCCGAGACUCCGUAUUCCCUGCCGGUUUUUGAGAAUCUUCGUCCUGGCACGCCCUGUAAUUCUGGAGACUCGCUCACCUCUGAGCAAGAACUUCUCUUUCCCUCAGAAGAGCUACCCAAGCCAACCGAAAACGACGAUUACCUGCAUACGAAUGUGCAAGACUCGCGCGCAAUGACGGUUAAUACCGUCAAAGCAGACUGGAACAUGGAAAACGAGCUCUCAAUAAUGGAGAAGCCUGAUAGCAAGUCCGACACUGCAGACGGAGAAAGGAGCGAGCUCAAAGACGUGGACGUCGACACAGAACAUGCACGAGAAGCGUCGAGAUUGGAACGGUCACGUGAGGAACCACCCCAACCAGGGGAUGCAGGGAGCAAGGAGACACACGAUGAAGCCAGUAUGGACGUUGACCUGGAGCCGGUUCCGAAGAAUAUGCGUGAGCUGCUCGCAUGGAUAGAGAAGCGUGAGGGCCCUCUGGACAACCUGCUCUUGAUUGGGGAGCAGAUCAAGGCAGGAAUGGAGAAGUAG